AUCGCUACUAGGAGCAUACCGGACACUUGUCUUUGACCCUUCGGAUUCGUCUCAACACGCUUCGUGCCAAUGGCGUUGUCGGCUGGCCCUACCAGGCCAUCCUUUCUCCCUGGUGCUCCUAGACAGGUCAUCAGCCAUCGCCCGAGCCGCAAAACCGCGGCCAGCGGGACGAGCCUCGGGGCUGAGCAUUUGCCAAGCGCUCUUGCGGGCGUGUUGUUGGCAAGGUUGUCCUGCCGCUUCGUCCAAGGCCGCCCGGGUGCAUCCGCCUCCAACGCCUCGCGCUCGAAGAUGUGCCGCCUAGCUGCAGGGUCCACUGACUGGCAACACGUGCGGGAGGACUUCCCCGCGUUGCAGCAGGAGGUAAAGCCUGGUAUUCCCUUGGUCUACUUGGACAAUGCGGCCACAUCUCAGAAGCCGCGUGCUGUGCUGGAGGAAUUGAGCCGCUUCUAUGGCCAAGACAACAGCAAUGUCCACCGGGGGAUGCACACCCUGUCGAUGCGCUCCACUGAAGCCUUUGAGAACGCCCGGAAGACAGUCGCGCACUUCGUCAACGCACCCGAUGAGCAUGAGAUCAUCUUCACACGGAACGCCACAGAGGCCAUCAACCUGGUGGCGAAGACCUGGGCCGAAGCCAACAUCGGGUCGGGAGACGAGAUCGUGUUGACGGUCAUGGAGCAUCAUUCCAACCUGGUGCCAUGGCAACUUCUCGCUGAGAAGACCGGCGCGAAAUUGAAGUUUGGCCGUUUGAGAAGCAACGGGACCUUGGAUGUGGAACACUUCGAGAGCCUUAUCACGGAGAAGACCAAAUUGGUGUCGUUGUGCCACGUCUCCAACGUCUUGGGCUGCGUGAACCCCAUCAAGCGAGUGGCCGAAAAAUGCCAUGAACACCAGGCCAAGUUGUUGGUUGAUGCUUGCCAGAGCGUGCCACACAUGCCCGUGGAUGUGCAAACGUUGGGCGCCGACUGGUUGGUGGCAAGCAGCCACAAGAUGUGCGGCCCCACAGGCAUCGGCUUCUUGUGGGGCAGGGCGGAGCUUCUGCGCGCGUCGCCGCCCUUCCUCGGAGGCGGCGAGAUGAUCGAUCAGGUGAAGCUGGAAGGUAGCACCUUCAGUGACAUCCCUCAUCGCUUCGAGGCGGGGACCCCAGCCUUUGCAGAAGCAGUGGCCUUGGGCCGCGCCUGUGAAUACUUGGAAAAGCUGACCAUGACGGCCAUCACCGAGCGUGAGCACCGUUUGUCGAAGAAGCUUUGGGAUCGCGUGGCUGCUUUGCCCGGAGUGACCAUCUAUGGCCCAUCCCCAGAGGAGGACCCAGAGAGGGCUUCCCUGGUGUGUUUCAACGUGGAAGGUUGCCACGCGAACGACCUGGCUACCAUCGUAGACCAGGACCGGGGCAUUGCCAUGCGCUCGGGCCACCAUUGCACGCAGCCCUUGCACACCGAGCUGGGUAUUGUGGCCAGUGCUCGGUUGUCUGCCUACUUUUACAACACCGAGGAGGAGAUUGACCUAGCAGUUGAUGCGGUGGAGGCAGCGAUCGAGCUGAUCCGAUCCGGAGAAGGUGAAGGGGAGGUGUUGGACCCGGCCAUGGCAGCGCUGCUGGAUGUUUGAGAAGCGUUUUGAGGCGGAGGUGUCCAACAUCGGUAGCCACGUGAAACCCAGAAGGAGAUGUUGGACUCCUCCAAGUAGCACAGAGAGCUGUGGGUCGGCAACGAAG